CGGGAGCGGAGGGAGCGGGAGCGGCGGCGGCGGCGGCGCGAUGAACCUGGAGCUGCUCGAGUCCUUCGGCCAGAACUACCCCGAGGAGGCCGACGGGACGCUGGACUGUAUCAGCAUGGCUCUGACGUGCACCUUCAACCGCUGGGGGACGCUGCUGGCCGUGGGCUGCAACGACGGCCGCAUCGUCAUCUGGGACUUCCUGACGCGUGGCAUCGCCAAGAUCAUCAGCGCCCACAUCCACCCCGUGUGCUCCCUCUGUUGGUCAGCGCCUGAUGGGCACAAGCUGGUCAGCGCCUCCACCGACAACAUCGUGUCCCAGUGGGACGUGCUGUCCGGGGACUGUGACCAGAGGUUCCGCUUCCCCUCGCCCAUCCUCAAGGUCCAGUACCACCCCCGGGACCAGAACAGGGUGCUGGUGUGCCCCAUGAAGUCGGCCCCGGUGAUGCUGACCCUGUCUGACUCCAAGCACGUGGUGCUGCCCGUGGACGACGACUCCGACCUCAACGUGGUGGCCUCGUUUGACCGGCGCGGGGAGUACAUCUACACCGGCAAUGCCAAGGGCAAGAUCUUGGUCUUAAAAACAGACACUCAGGAUCUUGUUGCUUCCUUCAGAGUGACCACAGGGACCAGCAACACCACGGCCAUUAAAUCCAUCGAGUUCGCCCGCAAAGGGAGCUGUUUCCUGAUCAACACGGCCGACCGCAUCAUCCGCGUGUACGAUGGGCGGGAGAUCCUGACCUGCGGCCGCGACGGCGAGCCCGAGCCCAUGCAGAAACUGCAGGACCUGGUCAACAGGACCCCCUGGAAGAAGUGCUGCUUCUCGGGGGAUGGCGAGUACAUCGUGGCGGGCUCGGCGCGGCAGCACGCGCUCUACAUCUGGGAGAAGAGCAUCGGCAACCUGGUGAAGAUCCUGCACGGCACCCGCGGGGAGCUGCUCCUGGACGUGGCAUGGCACCCGGUGCGGCCGAUCAUCGCCUCCAUCUCCAGCGGGGUGGUUUCCAUCUGGGCUCAGAACCAAGUGGAAAACUGGAGUGCUUUUGCCCCUGAUUUCAAGGAGUUGGAUGAAAAUGUGGAAUAUGAGGAGAGGGAAUCAGAAUUUGACAUUGAGGACGAGGAUAAGAGCGAGCCAGAGCAGACAGGUGCAGAUGCUGCAGAGGAUGAGGAGGUGGACGUGACCAGCGUGGAUCCCAUCGCCGCCUUCUGCAGCAGCGACGAGGAGCUGGAGGACGCGCGGGCGCUGCUCUACCUGCCCAUCGCCCCCGAGGUGGAGGACCCCGAGGAGAACCCGUACGGGCCCCCGCCCGAGGCCCUGCCCGGCGCCCUGCCCGACGACGCCCUGGGCCCCGACAAGAAACGGCCCGGCUCCUCGGACGGGCCCCAGAACCCCAGGAAAAAACCCAAAACCACCAACAUCGAGCUCCAGGGAGUCCCCAAUGACGAGGUGCACCCGCUGCUGGGCGUGAAGGGCGACGGUAAAUCCAAGAAGAAGCAGGCGGGCAGGCCCAAAGGAUCAAAAGGUAAAGACAAAGAUUCUCCAUUUAAACCGAAACUCUACAAAGGGGACAGAGGUUCUUUACCUCUGGAAGGAGCAGCCAAGGGUAAAGUGCAGGCGGAGCUGGGCCAGCCCCUGACAGCAGGUGGUGCAAUCUCAGAGUUGCUAUGAAGACUCUCCCUCCCCUCCCUGUCUCCUUUCCUCUCUUGGCUCCCCAGUGGUGGAAAAUGCUGGAAUUCCCAGGCAGGACUGGCACAGACUGAAUUCCAAGGAUUUCAGGGAGUGAUUUGGGGCAGGAAUGACUCUGCAAGAGGGAGCAGCUCCAUGCUCGGAUCAGGCUGGGACUGAGCUCCAGCCGGGAAUUUUUGGGGACAAAUCCCCGUCCCAAAGUGACCUGAGCCCCUUCCCUGCCACUCCAGGGCCUCUCCACCUUUGAUCUCCCAAAAUCUCUCAGCAUUCCUGGAUGGAAGAACAGCCCAAAGUGUGAGUUUGGAUUCCUCACUGUCUCCUGCCUCCUUUUCCAGCUGGGAAUUCCCAGCUCUCUGAGCCCGGCUCUUCCCAGGGCAGAGCUGCUGAUCCCAGCCCAGAUUUUCAGGAAUUUCCAAUUCCUGAGGCCCCUCUGGAAUCUGCCUUGGUUUUGUGUUUGUUUUUUCCCACUCUGCCCGUGGCAGAAGGAGCAGCUUUAGAUAAAAAAGUCAUUUUCCAAUGGUUUUUUUUCCCAGCCUGUGAUUCCCAAAGCUCUGCUGGAGUUCCCUCCUGUCCUUUCCAGUGGUUUUGUUCCUUUUCCUCCCUGGAAAAUUCUCCUCCAGGAAUAUCCAGGCUCCUCCUUGAUAAACAAAAACCGAUUUUUUUUUGGUCAGAACCGAAGCAGAACUUUUCCAAAGGGUUUCUGUUUUUCCCACUUUUGGGUUAAAAACAGGAUCUGGCAGCUCAUUCCCAACUUUUAUUCCUUCAGGAAUCCCUGUAGGAAUGGGAAUGGCAUUUCCCUGUCCAGCACUCACAGCCUGGCUCUUAUCCCACACCAACAUCCUGAUCAAAGGAAAUUUCAUUCCUAAAUCCAUUUUUUUCCCCCCAGACUUUGGAGUUUCCUUGCUCUCAGUGUUCCCCCAGGUGGAAUUAUUGGGAUUAUCAGGAGCUAUUUAAAUUUCCUGGGUGUCCUGCAGACAUGAAAAGCAGGAAGUGAGCUGGAAAAUGACGAAUUUGCAGCCAGAACCUUGCAGGUGUAAAAAUGAGGAGAGAGAAAACAUUUGGAAAUCAGAGGUUUGGAAAUUUUUCAAAACUUGAUGUUUUCAUUCCCAGCUUUGGGGACAUUUGGGUUCGUUUGGGGAAAUUUAUGACCACGAGUGUAAAAUUCCUUUUAUUUUUGGUUCUUUUCGCUUGUGGGGUGACUCUGCUGAGCCAAACCCACCCUGGGUGCUGGGCCUGACCCCCCAAAUUAAAAAUGCCCAGGCCAAGGUUCUGCAGGUUGGGUUAAAGCAUUGAAUCCCCCCAAAUUCAGCUUCCCCUCUGUACAGUGUAAAUGCCUUUGUUUAUUCCCACCCUUCUUUUAUUUCCUGCUUUAUUCCCAUCUUUAUUUCCUGGUCUGUUCCCAUCUUUAUUUUAUUUCCAUCCUUCAUUUUAUUUCCUGCUUUAUUCCCAUCUUUUAUUGUAUUUCCUGCUUUAUUCCCAUCCUUAUUUUAUUUCCUGAUUAUUCCCAUCCUUAUUUUAUUUCCCAGUUUGUUUCCAUCCUUAUUUUCUGUCCUGGUUAUUCUCAUCCUUAUUUUAUUUCCUGCUUUAUUCCCAUCCUUAUUUCAUUUCCUGCUUUGUUCUCAUUUUUUUUUCCUGGUUACUCCCAUCCUUAUUUUAUUUUAUUUCCUGGUUAUUCCCAUCCUUAUUUUAUUUUAUUUCCUGCCUGAUUCCCAUCUCUGUUUUAUUUCUCAUUUUGUUCCCAUCUUUAUUCUGUUUCCUGCUUUGUUCCCAUCCUUAUUUUAUUAUAUUUCCUGGUUAUUCCCAUCCUUAUUUUAUUGUAUUUCUUGCUUUAUUCCCACCCUUAU